GUAUAUAAGCUGCGGCAGGCAAUCUGAAAAAUCAUUCCCGCCACACACAUCUAACGAAGAUCACCUACACUUACAUUUUUAUUCAAUAAAAUAAAAAUGAAAUCGUUCGUAAUUUUGUCCGUGUUGAUGGCGGUGGCCUGCGCCGCACCUCAGUUCCAGUACCAACCGCAGCCGCAAUACCAAGGCCAAGUCAUCCCUAUCCUCAAACAGUUCCAGGAAGUUAACCCUGACGGCUCCUACCAAUACAAUUACGAGACUGGCAAUGGUAUCGCAGCUCAAGAACAGGGCUACCUCAAGAACCCCGGAGUGAAAGACGCCGAAGCGCAGGUCGCUCAGGGUUCCUUCACUUACACUUCUCCUGAGGGCAUCCCUAUUGCCGUCAGCUACAUCGCCGACGAAAAUGGAUUCCGUCCUGAAGGUGCCCAUCUCCCCACCCCUCCCCCAAUUCCUGAGGCCAUCCUCCGCUCCCUCAACUAUAUCGCUUCCCAACCCCAGCAACCCCAACAAGUCUUCCAGCCCCAACCAUUCCGCGGUUAAUUUUGUUACCUUACUCAAACCCACGCAAGUACCUAUCAGCUCGACGGAGUGACAACUUAAAUUAAGUGAACGUGUACUUAUCGCAUAGAUAUAGCUUGAUACUGUGAUUUAAUGUAUAUUUAAUGAAUAAUCUAUGAGACUCGAGUAAAAAUUUUACAAAGAAA